CAGAGGGAAUAGCUCACCUACAAAUACCCUGCAGCGUCUUCUGGACUCUGAAUAUACCACUUUAUGUUAUUGUAACGAUUUCUGACGAUUUCUCAAAUCUUAUCCCAACCCCUAUCUUCCGACUUCUAAGCGUCUAACAUGGUCGUUCAACUCACUUCGCUGUUUGGAGAUUCAACUUCCCUGCUGUUGGCUUACUCUGUUCCUCUCUUGCUAUUCUCCGCUGUACUUACCUUCUCUGGGACUUUCCUUACGCUCGACCGUACUCGUUCCUUCUCACCACGUUCAGACGCAACAUCUUCACUCCCUGGAGCCUUUGAAAAGGGUGAAAAAAUAAGGCAUUGGACAUUCCAUUUGGGUGGUGGCGUUGGAGGCCUUGCUUCAGGCUACCUCUUCGGCCUCCAUGCCUCAACCUUUUUAUCACUCCUCAUACAGAACGAGACUUCGUCGGCUUCCCUUACGCCCACUACUUUUCUGAUAGUGUGGCUUUUCUCCAUCAUUCCACCUAUCAUCCUCGGAGGUCGAUGGAAAAUGGCUGCGUUGACAUUUAUAGGCAUAUGUGGAGGUAUCACUCUGACCAUUGCUAUCAGCAUUAUUACACAUCCUUCGUUAGGUUCGCGAGUAGUCCUUGCCUCAGUGAUUACACCCUUGGUGACGCUCCUUGUCGUCGUCCCUUCUGCGCUUCCGUCGAUUUCUGAGUCUAACUUGGCACACUCAACUGCACGAUUCGCAUCUUCUUGCUUGGGAGCUGUUUCAAUGACAGUGGCCAUCGCUCUAUUGACCCGAUCCACCUUGUCAUACUCUUGGGCAAACGCUUGGGAUAGGCUAUGGAUUGCGAACGGGAGUGGAUGGGGAACGUCCAGGGAACGGGGUUUCGAUGCUCUAUUUUGUGUGCUUUGGGCCAGUGGCUCUCUCUGUGAUUGGGCGCUCAAGAGAUGGAUCGGGGAAGAUCCGGACGAGAAAUGGGACACUUACCUUGCGGAGUACUCGUCAGCACUCCCAAACGUCCACGGUCGUGCAGGAAAUUUCGCUCCCCUGCGUUCUUGGUGGACACGCUUGCUUGACCGACUCCAUCUGACUUCGACUACACCAGCACGCCCACGUGAGAUACUUUUCCCAAAUGACGGAGAUUCCUCUGGGAAGGCCGAUUAUGUAUCUGUUCCCGGAGCAUUGCUAGAAGGAAAACCUGCACGCCUACUGUCUCGCGAAGACCUAAGGAGGUCUCUUUCUCCUGAAGCAUACGCUUGGGACGCACCAGCUAGUACGAAGGCUGCUGGAGUCUUACGUAGAGGGAAGUCUCGGAGCGAAGGCGGUUUUAGGCUUGUCCUAGAUACUGACCCACCAGACGCAGAAGCGGAGUUCAAGGCGUAUGAUGUCGCUCGUAAGCCGACCAUUCUGCAAAAGGUGAAAAACGCGAGGACUAAGCGUCGGUGGAAGCACCUCACUGAAGGAAGGCGUCGUGCACCAGUCGAGUUUCGUCCCAAAGAUGGAUUUUCCUCUGAUUCGGACGCCGAAAGCUCUACCGAUGAUGAUGAAUUAAAGACGCCGUUUGGUACACCCCAGAAGGACACGACUGUGCGAGUAUUUCCGUUAGAACGCAUGAACUCCAGUGCGACAACUCUUUCCGGAACGACUGUUCAUCCGUCGUCAAGUUCUGGACAUGACAGUAACAAUGUCAUCACACCCGAUGUGCUAGACGUUGAUUCAGAAAAGGCCCGUCUGAAGAACAUGAAGGCUACGUUCGGGGGAAUCGUAGGACCCGCGAGACCCAUCAGGAGCGUUCCCGAGUAUUCAGAUGUUGAGGAAGACGUCACUGCCGAUUACGUCCGAAAUGAGAUUCAGCCCCGCAACACAACUCCAGGAUGGAAACCUGAAUUUCUUAAGCAAGCAUCAUUAAGCGCUUCUGAACGAUCAUCACCGCCGGUUGGAGCUGUCCCCAUGACUCCUUCUCUCGUUAAUGCUCUUGGUAGGAUAGCGAAAGCGCAAGCUGACGCGUAUGGCCCGCAUAUAAGCAAGGAUGAUACACCCGACUUGGAACAUGUUCAGAAGAACCCAUCCGGUGCUCGACGGGAUCAUAUCACGAUUGCGAUGGAAGCGCGCGAUCACAUAGCCGGAUUGCCUGUCAUAGAGGAUGGACAGAAAAGAAGUGACGGCGGAAGACAGAAAUGGGACUCAUUCUGGAGUGACAUUCAAGCGAAGGCUACGGAAGCUUGACACAGAUGAUGCCUACGAACUUCAUCACUACAUCGGCACCUGGGCGCUGCGCCUCGAAUUUCUUACUAUUGCAACGAGUCACGAUUAUAAUGAUCACGACCUCAUGACUUACGAUGUAUUUUUUCUUGCCAUUUUGUUAUUAAUACACAUUGUAUCGGCUUUUCGUAGUUUGCACCAGUCUGACAGUAGUCCAAUAUCCAUGCUGC